AAGUGAAUAACUCUACUUUUUAUGAUUUAAAGCUCUAAAUAUACCAGUUUUUUUAAUAUAAUUUUAUUUACUUUAAAUUUUAUUUUAAUAUAUAACCUAAUUCUAAGCACAUGUGACUAAUUAUGUUAGUGACAAAAUUCUAAGCUCUCUAACAGCUAAUAAACUCACUGUCCAUGGAAAGCAACACAAUUUAUGAAAAUACUGAACUUGAUCUUAUUAGCUAUCAAUAACAUAGAAUGAACAAAAAAUCAACACAUAAAGUAGCUACGGCAUCGAUCAUCGUCCAGUAGAACAGCUGACUCGCGGAGUGAGUGUCAGGGCGGUCAUUCGUGCACAUGAAAGUAUAUAUGACUAGGCAUGCGCAUAGAGGCGACAAAGCCACAUGUAUAUGCGUACAUACGAGUACACACGUACUUGCAUAUAUAUUUUAUACUUACGAGUAUUUUGUCAUAGUUGCAACUUUUGAAAAGUUACAUUAAUAGAGCCGCAAUGCCAAUCUCCUUGGAGCCCACAGUAGACUUGAUUAAAGCAUAGUGUUGCGCCGUCACCUCCACUACCGCUAUGACAAACGCAUUUGUAUACCGGUAACUUACUUUCCAGCGCUAACAUUGACCGCGGUCGCCCAGUUUUACUUUAAUUUAACUCAGUUAAGUAGCGAAAAACGUCAAAAUUGUAUAAAAGCAUUUGGAAAUUCACUGAAAUGCAACAGUCACAUUAAUCCCUCCGUUGCAAUAACAACACUCCUUCCAAUACUUUAAAAUAGUUUAUACUCCUUUAAACCUCAAACACAACCAAAAAUGUUCAAAAUCGUGCUUGUACUUUCCGUCAUCGCCUUCGCUUGCGCCGAGCCUGGUGUUGUGGUCGCUCCUGCCGUACCUCUCACGCCGAUCGUACAUCACGGCGCACACGCUGUGCACUCUCACGUAAUUCAUCAUCCCGUUCCAGUGAAGACCGUAGUGACACCAAUCAUUGCCAAGCCAGUGGUGCCACUAGUGCCGGUCAUAAAGCCAGUUGUGCCUGUAGUUCCAGUCCAUCAUGCCCAUCCGGCCGUCGUUGUGCAUCACUGAGCCCCGGCGGCAUGGCGGCUGCAGACGCCAAAACACCAACGCCAGUCUCCUCUGCAGCCCCCGCAAUCGUCGGUGAACGUUGAUGAAAAUCAACGAAAGGACUACUUCAGUUAAUCGAAUGCAACGAUGGCUUAGUGCGUUAAUAUAUGUAGAUUACGAGCUCCCUACUCCUAUCCCACUUCCCCUUCAUUCUUACUUUAAUUCUGUACUAUGAAAUCCCCGAAAUUAGUUAAAUACAACAAGCAAAACAACAAUAAAA